CGCGGGACAAGCCCUAAACAAAAAGUAUGGCGGCUUCGUUUGGUCUGUAUUUCGGCAACACCAACCUUUGCCUGGCAAUUCACAAGGAUGGCAAUACAGAAGCCGUCGCCAAUGACUCAGGUGACAGAGUCACCCCAGCUGUGGUCGCCUUCUCAAACGGAGAAAAGUCGGUCGGCCUUGCGGCCAAGAGCGAGAUGGUCCGCAACCCGACUGGAACCAUCUGCAAUCUCAAGUCGCUCUUGAUGGCCACGGAGGACGAACUCUCGCAGCUGGCACAGGAGAGUCCCUGCAAGAUCGUUUUUGAAGGUGGCAGCGUCCACUUCGACGUGUCUUCGGGCAGCGAAGAUCGAAAGGCAGCCACGAAGCACGCCCGCAACGACGUGCUCGUCUAUCUCUUCCGCAAGAUGUUUGAGGUGGCCGAGAGCCAGGGGUCCGGAGACGAGGACUACCCCGUGGUGGUGACCGUGCCGCCGGACUUGAACGACGACCAGCGACAGUUGAUCAGGGAAACGGCCUCCAAGGCAGGGUUUCGGGUACUCCGCCUGGUGAACGAACCAACGAUGGCUGCGCUGGCUUAUCACAUGAGCACAACCCCCUCGCUGGCUGUCUGCCAGUACCUGGUGUACCGGCUGGGCGGGCGCACAACGAGCGCCAGCGUGGUGUCCGUGUGCAACGGCGCAUACCGGCUGACCUCCCACGCCGUGGCGGAGCCCCGGCUAGGGGGGCGGGACUUCACCGCCGUCCUCGUCGAGCACUGCGUGCAGGAGUACCAGAGGCAGACCCGGGCAAACUUGCGAGAGAGCCGGCGCGCCCUGGCGAAGCUCUGGAACGCGGCCGAGACGGCCAAGCACGUGCUGGCCACCCUGGACUCUGCCCAGUGCUUUGCCGAGUCUGUGCACGACGGCAUGGACCUCAGCAUCAACAUUAGCCGGGCACGGUUCGAAUCCCUGAUGGGGCCCCUGCUGUCCCGGUGCAUCGAACCGAUCGACCACGCUCUUGCAAUGGCACGCCUCGGCGUUGACGACAUCGAAAAGGUGGUGCUCUGUGGCGGCAGCGGCCGGAUCCAGCGCGUCCGGAAUCUCCUGGCGUCCCGCUUCCCCACGUCGCAAAUCCUAGACAGCCACGCCCCUGACGAGGUGAUCGCCAUCGGCGGCGCCCUUCAGGCUGCUCUGCUCUGUGCCCGCGACGACGUCACAAGGGAUAUUCCCCGUUGUCCCAGCGUGCCUGCCCUCUCCAAGGGAAUCUACAUCAAGGGAACGCCAGAAUCCACCUUGGUACCUGUUUUACCCGAGGGUACACCUGUGCCGGCGAAGUGGCAGAAACAAGUGGCCAAGGCAGCCGGCCACAACUCCGUCUGCUUGGAAGUGUACGAAAGGGCGGAGGACCAGCCGGACUGUGAGGCCACUCUCUUGGCGAGGCUGUGUGUGCGAGAGCUUGAAGAGGACUCUGUGCUGGUCGCAAGCAUCAGCGUUAGGAGCGACGGGUCGGCGCACCUCUCCAUCUCGGACAAGCGCAAGGGACGCACGGAGUCCGCGACGCUAGAAGGGACCGUGGAGGUGGAGCCUCCCGGCAGCUGACGGCUUCCCUGCUAGGUUCUUCGCGACCUCGACGUCGUCUGCUCGUCGUCGCCGCCACCUCCCCGCUCUGUCUGGGGCUGUAAAUUAUUUUCCUAACGACGCAAAGAGGAGAAAUUAAAGGUUGGAAGAAACCGAGA